AUGGCUUCGCGACCUGCAUUUGCAGCUUUGGGCUGUCUCCAAUGUCGUAAUACUGUCUUACGAGCCGUUACGUCCAGCUCAGCUACCUUUCUUCGAGCUCCCGCCAUCACCACUACUGCAAGUCUACGACCUCGGAACCUGCAGAGAGCUUUCUCGAGCCUACCCGAGGCACCCAAAACGCCAGGCGAGGCUACCGCCCAGGCAACCGAAGGAGAAUCAAAGAUUGAGGAGCACAACACCGACGACCAGCUUUCCGGCGAAAAAGAAGAAACGCCAUGGUUCCUCGAGGUCGACGCCCCUAUACAUCCGCCGAGAGAAGACGUGUCACCGCUGCCCGAACUGCCGAGCAACCCACCUGCUAUCCUCGAGCCUCUGUUGAAGUACGUCUACGAAGAAGCGGGUCUCGAUGACCUUUCCCUCCUCGACCUGCGCGCCCUCGAUCCGCCACCUGCCCUGGGACCGAACCUUCUCAUGCUCUUUGCAACGUCGCGAAACGAGCGUCACCUGCACGUCUCAGCCUCCCGGCUUGUCAAGUGGCUCCGUUUCCACCACAAGAUCGAAGCAAACGCUGAUGGGCUGAUUGGCCCGGGCGAACUGAAGACGAAGCUACGAAGAAUGAGGAGGAAGGCAAAGCUGCUCGGCUCGAGUGCCAUGGUUGCAAAGGGUGGCGACGAUGGAAUUUCGACAGGAUGGAUCUGCGUCAACCUCGGAACCAGUGGGUCGACAUACAGCGAAAGCGAGCGCUUCGACUCGCAAGGCAAGAUGUCUGGUUUCGGUGGCCCAGCCACUGGAUCUACCAUCAUUGUCCAGGUCAUGACCGAGUCCCGGCGUAACGAACUAGACCUCGAGCGGCUAUGGAGCCAGCAGCUCGUACGCAGCGAGGCUCAAGAGCGCAAGCUGGCUGACGAAGACUCUUCCUAUCACAACAGAUACGGUGAUUUGCCGACCACCACGAUCCGAGCUCGGAAACCCAACUACACAAACACAUCGCAGAGGAGGAAUUUCUCCACGACUCUCUCCCGGCCUUCAAAAGACACCGACCAGGCCGCUGUGGAGGCAAAAGACGCAGGUAGUACUCCUUCAGCAACUUCGAGCCCUGUCACAGACCCGCUGAACAAAUACCGCCAGCGAAUUGAGAAAAUACGGUCGGAGGGGGAGCAAGUGAGCGCCGAGGACUGCUUGAAGCUCUUGAAGGGCAUUUUCCAGGCGCCUACAGCGGAAGAUGAUCAGGGCCAGGACCAGGCGGACCUCGCCACCAAAGUCAUUGAGACGAUGCACCAACGGCAAAUGCCAGUCAUGGACCAUGGAAUGCUCACGACCAUAAUCGAGGCAAUAGCGACAUCACCUGCGCGAGGCGGACCUGAGCAAGGAAAGCUGCGGGGCAUUCAAAGUAAUUUGGAAUUCGUGAUGCUCAAAGGCAUGCAAUCUUGUCCCACGGAAGCGCAACUCGUACGUCUUCUCAGAGCAUAUGCCAUUCAACGCAACAUGGAUCAGUUCUGGGAGAUUUGGAGUCUUCCCCCACGAUACAGCGAGCGCAGAGGGCCGGCAUUAUACCUGGAAGUGUUUCGCAUCUUUGCGCGCAUUAACAGGAGGUCUCUGAGCAUCAACGCGCUUCGGAAGUGUGUACCGGAGAUGGUGCUCGAACAGCCCCCGGUGCUGCCAGACGAUGCGAUAUGGCCCGAAAUCAAGGCUUGCAUUCAUAUCGCCGACCCCAAUGCGGAACACAUUAGCGCCCACAAGGUUGCUGGUGGUAAAGUGGCCAGCGAUGGCAAGGACACUGGCCAGUCGGAAUUCGUUAGGAUGUUCAAGGAGCUCGAGGCACUGCGAAGGAACCCUUGA